AUGCUGAAAAGAAAAGGAGACAAGUCCAAGAAGCGGUUAACUUCGAUAACUACCUCUACUGAUGAUUUAUUCGUUGAAUCUGCUUCUGCUGCUGGCACAGCAGGUGCCUCUUCUGCAGCAGUCGGCAAUGGAACCUCCGGGGAUAUAACAAAAUCAGCCGCUACUCAAGGGAGUGUUGAGGGGGAAUCUGAUAUUAGCUUUACUGGGUUUACUGUGAUUUUCAAUAGAUUGAAAAGUAAUAAUAGCCAGGAACGCAAAGCAGCCUCAUUUGAGUUAAAAAAUAGUUUGAUCUCUUUGGCAAGGGAGGUGUCUACAGAGCAUUUCCAGAGGUUCAGUAAUGAAUUGAAUAACAAGAUUUUUGAAUUGAUACAUGGCUCGGAUUCGAAUGAAAAGUUAGGUGGUGUACUAGCGGUUAAUACGCUUAUAGACUUUUAUUCUCAUACGGAUGAACUGCCUAAUCAGACAUCCCGAUUAGCGAAUUAUUUGCGGGUUUUAAUACCUUCAAGUGAUAUUGAUGUUAUGCGGUCUGCAGCAACGACGCUGGGUAAAUUAGCCGUUCCUGGUGGUACACUUACUUCCGACUUUGUUGAAUUUGAGGUGAAAACUUGUAUUGAAUGGUUAACAACAUCCCCGGAAAGUUCUUCUUCCAACUCAAAGCAAGAAUACAGGAAGCAUGCAUCAUUGUUAAUUAUUACGGCAAUCGCGAAUAAUUCUCCGUACCUCCUGUAUCCUUAUUUGAACUCCAUAUUGGAUAAUAUUUGGAGGGCCUUGAGAGAUACGAAGCUGGUAAUUAGAACUGACGCUGCAAUUACAUUAAGUCAUUGUUUGGCUAUUAUUAAUGAUCGAGACUCUAUAUUAACCAAUAGAUGGGUUCAGAGAUUAUUUAAAGGCUGUACAUAUGGGCUGAAUUUGAGUACAAAUGAGGCUGUUCACGGCACUCUUCUCGUUUACCGAGAGCUAGUAUCUCUAAAGGGGCCUUAUUUGCAUGAGAAGUUCAAUGAAAUCUAUGAUACAACCAUGAGGUAUAAGGAUCAUAAAUCUGCUGUUAUUAGGAAGGAAUUGUAUGCAAUCCUGCCUCUCCUUGCCUCAUUUGACCCAAGAUUGUUUACCGAAACCUACUUGGACAACACUAUGGUGCAUUACUUGACUCUUCUUAAGAACAUGCACUCUAACCUAAUAAACAAUCCGGAUAAAGCCGCCAUACUCGUUUCAAUUGGAGAUAUUGCCUAUGAAGUCCGCUCGAGUAUUGCUCCAUAUAUGGAUUCAAUUUUAGACAAUACUAGAGAUGGUUUCAUGACGAAAUAUAAAGUCCGCAAACACUUCGAGAGUGAAUUAUUUUAUUGCAUUGCAAAAUUAGCAUGUGCCGUUGGUCCUGCAAUUUCUAAGUACUUGCACAGCGACUUACUGGACCUGAUGCUCGCUUGCCCUUUAAGUGACCACAUGCAAGAUACCCUGGAAACAUUAAAUGAAGAGAUUCCUGCAUUAGAAGCCUUAAUAAAUGAGAAAUUACUUGAUUUGAUAUGUUAUUCCUUAUCGGGAGACAAAUUUAGGCCUCCAGGUUCACCAACCCCAGUCAAACAAUUUUCGGCUGACAGGGCCAGGAACUACAGAGAUCAAUCCUGGUUACGUAAGACGAACGAUAUUAAUGAUAAUAACCAAGACGCUAUCAUACUAACGCAAGCUUUACGGAUGUUAACUACAAUAAAUCACAAAUAUUCUUUAACUGAGUUGGUUAGAUAUGUGACCAUUUCUUACAUCGAACAUGAAAACCCACAAGUUAGAAAAUUGGCUGCCUUAACGUCUUGUGAUUUAUUUGUGAAAGAGCAUAUUUGUAAGCAAUCUUCUUUGCAUGCAUUGAACGCAGUGGCUGAGGUACUCAGUAAAUUGUUGACUGUUGCUAUAACUGAUCCUGUUGCAGAAAUCCGGUUUGAAAUUUUGAAACACUUGGACAGCAGCUUCGAUCCCCAGUUAUCCCAGCCUGACAAUGCCAGGUUACUAUUUAUGGCGUUGAAUGACGAGGUGUUUGCAAUUCAAAUGGAAGCAAUGAAAAUUGUUGGUAGGUUAUCAUCGGUGAAUCCUGCAUAUAUUGUUCCAUCGUUGAGAAAAACCCUAAUUCAACUUUUAACAGAAUUGAAACACUCAAGCAUGACCAGAAAAAAAGAAGAAAGUGCAUCUAUGUUUUGUACUUUGAUCAGUUCUAGCAAGGAUGUUACGCGGCCUUACAUUGAACCGAUAUUAGAUGUAUUGUUACCAAAAUGCCAGGAUAAUUCGUCUGCUGUUGCAUCUACUGCGUUAAAGGCAGUGGGUGAACUAGCUGUUGUAGGAGGUGAGAGUAUGAAAGAUUACUUGGACAAAUUGAUGCCUUUGAUAAUAAAUAAUUUUCAGGAUCAGUCGAAUUCAUUUAAACGGGGAGCUGCUCUGAAAACUCUGGGACAGUUAGCUUCAUCUUCAGGUUAUGUUAUUAAUCCACUACUCGACUACCCUCAACUUCUUGGCAUCCUUGUUAAGAUUUUGAAGGCAGAAAGUUCUCAAGGUAUUCGAAGAGAAACUGUUAGAUUAAUUGGUAUUCUCGGUGCUCUAGAUCCAUAUAAACAUCGAGAAGUAGAGAGAACAUCAAGCACUCAGAUCUCUGUCGAACAAAACGCACCUUCUAUAGAUGUGGCUUUGUUAAUGCAAGGCAUGUCCCCUUCUAACGAAGAAUACUAUCCCACAGUGGUGAUUAACACAUUGAUGAAAAUUCUUAAAGACCAUUCUUUGUCCUCCCAUCACACUGCUGUUAUUCAAGCGGUAAUGCAUAUUUUUCAAACUUUAGGUCUUCGUUGUGUUUCAUUUCUCAAACAGAUAAUUCCAGGUAUGAUUAAUGUUAUGAGAACUUGUCCACCUUCGAUAUUGGAGUUUUACUUUCAGCAACUAGGAGUUAUGGUUGCAAUAGUUAAGCAACAUAUACGACCUUAUGUUGAUGAAAUUUUUGAAGUCAUCAAGGAAUUCUUCCCAUUUAUAAAAUUGCAAAUCACCAUAAUAUCUGUGAUUGAAUCCAUAUCAAAAUCUCUUGAGGGAGAAUUUAAGCCUUAUAUUCCGACGACUUUGACGUUGUUUUUGGAUGUUCUAGAGAAAGAUAAUUCUAAUAAGAAAAUAGUAUCUAUUAGAAUUCUAAAAUCACUUGUUGUUUUUGGAUCUAAUUUGGAUGAUUACGUGCACUUGGUUAUCCCAUCUAUUGUCAGGAUGUGUGAAUAUAGUAGCGGAAAUCUGAAUAAGGCCGCUAUUGUAACAAUAGGAAGGUUGGCCAAAAAUGUCAACUUGUCUGAAAUGUCUUCAAGAAUUGUUCAGACUAUGAUUCGUGUCCUCAGUACCUCGGAUCAGCAAUUGAUCAGGGCUACUAUGAAUACCUUAAGUUUACUGUUAUUACAAUUGAACACCGAUUUUACAGUUUUUGUGCCAAUAAUUAACAAAACUUUGGUUAAAGGGCAUAUUCAGCACAGUAUAUAUGACCAAUUGGUAGGAAAAUUAUUAAACAAUGAACCUCUCCCAACUAAAAUAGUAGUGGACAAGGAUUUUGAUGUAUCAAAUAAGGAAAUCACCGAAUCAGAAGUCCUGUCAAGAAAACUGCCGGUAAAUCAAACAGUGCUGAAGAGUGCCUGGGAUUGUAGUCAACAACGUACAAAGGAAGAUUGGCAAGAAUGGAUUAGAAGACUUUCUAUUCAACUGUUAAAAGAGUCCCCUUCGCAUGCUCUAAGAGCAUGUUCUGGUUUGGCGGGUAUUUAUUAUCCAUUAGCUAGGGAGUUAUUCAAUGCUUCUUUUGCAAGUUGUUGGACUGAAUUAUAUACACAAUAUCAGGAGGAUCUUGUUAAGUCUCUAUGUUCUGCUCUUUCUUCCCCGAAUAAUCCCCCUGAAAUACAUCAAACACUGUUGAAUUUGGUGGAAUUUUUAGAACAUGAUGAUAAGUCUUUGCCCAUAUCUAUUCCUACAUUGGGGGAGUAUGCUCAGCGGUGUCAUGCAUAUGCAAAGGCUCUACACUAUAAAGAACUAGAAUUUAUUCAGGAACCCAGCACUUCUACAAUUGAAUCAUUGAUCAGUAUAAACAACCAAUUGCAUCAGACAGAUGCCGCAAUUGGUAUAUUGAAACAUGCUCAGCAGCAUCACGAUUUACAACUAAAAGAAACAUGGUAUGAAAAGCUGCAAAGAUGGGAUGAUGCUUUGAACGCUUAUAAUCAAAGAGAAGCUGCAGGUGAGGAUACCAUUGAAGUUACUAUGGGAAAGAUGAGGUCUCUACACGCUCUUGGUGAGUGGGAGCAGCUGUCAGAAUUGGCAGCUGAUAAAUGGAUGACAUCUAAACUUGAAAUUAAGAGAAUAAUUGCUCCAUUGGCUGCUGGUGCAGCCUGGGGUUUAGCCCAAUGGGAUUCAAUUGAAAAGUACAUUAAUGUUAUGAAACCUCAAUCCCCUGAUAAAGAAUUCUUUGAUGCAAUAUUGUGUUUGCACAGGAAUAAUUUUGAAAAAGCGGCUGAACAUAUUUUUUUGGCUAGAGAUUUACUAGUUACAGAGAUGUCAGCUUUGGUUAAUGAAAGUUAUAACAGGGCUUACAGUGUUGUAGUACGAUCUCAAAUGAUUGCUGAGUUGGAGGAAAUAAUCCAAUAUAAGAAGUUGCCUCAGAUUUCAGAAAAGCGUAUAAUGAUGAGGAAAACAUGGAAUCAUAGAUUAUUAGGCUGCCAGAAAAACGUUGACGUUUGGCAAAGAAUUCUUAGGGUGAGGUCGUUGGUUGUAAAACCAAAACAAGACAUGCAGGUUUGGAUUAAGUUUGCUAAUCUAUGUCGGAAGUCUGGCAGAAUGGGUUUGGCCCAAAAAGCGUUGAAUUCCUUAUUGGAAGAGGGUGGUGAUCCAGAACAUCCUAACACUGCCAGAGCACCACCUCCUGUUGUUUAUGCUCAAUUAAAAUAUAUCUGGGCAACUGGCUCGCGGAAAGAUGCUUUGCGUCAUUUAAUAAGUUUUACUUCUCGGAUGGCACAUGAUUUAGGUCUUGAUCCAAGUAAUAUGAUAGCGCAGAGUGUCUCCAAAAACAGCAUUGUCCCUCCAAAUCAUACUGAAGAGUACACCAAGUUGUUAGCCCGCUGCUUUUUGAAACAAGGCGAAUGGAGAGUAAUGUUGCAGCCUAACUGGAGAACUGAAACCCCGGAUGCUAUUUUGGGCUCUUAUUUAUUGGCUACACAUUUUGAUAAUAUAUGGUAUAAAGCAUGGCAUAAUUGGGCAUUGGCUAAUUUUGAAGUGAUAUCUUUGAUGACAGAUAGGGUGAGAGAAGAACAGAGAGCGCAGAAAAGUAAUAACGAUACUCAGUUGCAGGUCAACGGUGGCACGCAGCAUACCACUUUUGUUUUGGAAGCAUCUAAUGUUAAUGGAGUUGAUUAUCAUCCAGAAUUGGUUCAACGGCAUGUAGUUCCUGCAAUCAAAGGUUUUUUCCACUCUAUUUCAUUAUCAGAGUCCAAUUCUCUCCAAGAUACCUUAAGGUUGUUGACUUUAUGGUUUACCUUUGGUGGUAUUCCAGAGGCAGCUCAAGCAAUGCAUGAGGGAUUUAAUUUAAUCAAGAUUGAUAAUUGGUUGGAAGUAAUUCCCCAAUUAAUCUCCCGAAUUCAUCAACCCAAUCAAACUGUUAGCAGGUCAUUGUUAUCUUUGUUGUCAGAUUUGGGCAAAGCACAUCCUCAAGCUCUAGUAUUCCCUCUUACAGUGGCGAUUAAGUCGGAGUCUGUAUCAAGGCAAAGAGCUGCAUUAUCAAUUGUAGAGAAAAUGCGUAUGCACAGUUCAAAUUUAGUAGAGCAGGCGGAAUUAGUUAGUGAUGAAUUGAUUAGGAUUGCCGUUUUAUGGCACGAAUUAUGGUAUGAGGGUCUAGAAGAUGCUAGCAGACAAUUUUUUGGAGAACACAAUACUGAGAAAAUGUUUGCUACAUUGGAACCACUUCACGAAAUGUUAAAAAGAGGUCCAGAGACACUGCGAGAGAUAUCUUUCCAGAAUUCCUUUGGAAGAGAUUUAAACGAUGCCUAUGAGUGGGUUAUGAAUUACAAGCGUACUCAAGAUAUCAGCAAUUUAAACCAAGCUUGGGAUAUCUACUACAAUGUUUUUCGGCGUAUCAGUAGGCAACUACCCCAAUUACAGACGUUAGAUUUGCAACAUGUUUCACCUAAACUGCUUGCUGCUCACAACCUCGAACUUACAGUUCCUGGCACCUAUCACACCGGAAGAUCAAUUGUUCGUAUUGCUCAUUUUGAACCUGUCUUUUCUGUCAUUUCCUCAAAACAGAGACCACGUCGUUUGUCGAUUAAGGGAAGUGAUGGCAAGGACUACCAGUAUGCGCUUAAGGGGCAUGAAGAUAUCAGGCAGGAUAGCUUGGUGAUGCAGCUAUUUGGCUUGGUGAACACUCUUUUGCAAAAUGAUCCUGAAUGUUUCCGCAGACAUUUAGAUAUUCAAAAAUACCCUGCUAUUCCAUUAUCCCCAAAGUCUGGCUUAUUAGGCUGGGUCCCAAACAGCGACACUUUUCAUGUGUUGAUUAGAGAAUAUCGUGAGUCGAGAAAAAUUCAGCUAAAUUUGGAGCAUAGAAUAAUGCUACAAAUGGCACCUGAUUAUGAUAAUUUAACGCUGUUACAAAAAGUUGAAGUUUUCACUUAUGCAUUAGACAAUACAAAAGGUCAGGAUCUUUAUAAAGUUUUAUGGUUAAAGAGUAGAUCAUCUGAAUCUUGGCUUGAAAGAAGAACGACCUAUACCAGAUCCUUGGCAGUCAUGUCUAUGGUUGGUUAUAUUUUAGGUUUAGGUGAUCGUCAUCCAAGCAAUCUUAUGUUGGAUCGUAUAACAGGAAAAGUUGUUCACAUUGAUUUCGGCGAUUGUUUUGAAGCAGCGAUUUUAAGGGAGAAAUAUCCAGAAAAGGUUCCCUUCAGAUUGACAAGAAUGCUGACCUAUGCGAUGGAAGUUAGUGGAAUUGAGGGCAGUUUCCGUAUAACUUGUGAAAAUGUUAUGAAGGUUCUGCGGGAUAACAAGGAAUCUCUGAUGGCGAUCUUAGAAGCAUUUGCGCAUGACCCUCUGAUUAAUUGGGGGUUCGAUUUGCCAACCCAAGCAAUUACGGAGCAAACUGGAAUUCAGCUACCUUUAACCAAUCCAAGCGAGCUCCUAAGAAACGGUGUGAUUACAGUGGAAGAAGCAGCUCGAAUGGAGGUUCAACAAAGGGUGGAAAUUAGAAAUGCUAGGGCAACUCUAGUUCUUAAAAGAAUAACUGACAAGCUUACUGGUAAUGACUUCCGCAGUUCCCAUGAGCUGAAUGUACCGGAACAAGUGGAUAAAUUAAUUCAGCAAGCUACAUCAGUUGAAAACUUGUGUCAGCAUUAUAUUGGAUGGUGUUCCUUCUGGUAA